CGCGCAGCGGCCGUCACGUGGGCGCCGAGGAUCGCAGUGCGCGUGGCCGCGGCGGCUGGCGUGGGGUUGAGGCAGUUGUGAGGCCGGAGCUGCGGAGCCAGCGGGCGGCCGGCGGCCCGGCGCAGAGCGACAGGCGCGGCUGCGGGAGCGGGAGCCGAGCCCUGAGUCGGCCGAGCCGGCGCCGCCUCCAGCCGGGACCCGCCGCGGGCGCGCCCCCGCUCUGCGCUGCCUGCGAUGGCGUCCGCCGCCGGGGCCAUGGCGAAGCACGAGCAGAUCCUGGUCCUCGACCCGCCCACAGACCUCAAGUUCAAAGGCCCCUUCACAGAUGUAGUCACUACAAAUCUUAAAUUGCGAAAUCCGUCGGAUAGAAAAGUAUGUUUCAAAGUGAAGACUACAGCACCUCGUCGGUACUGUGUGAGGCCCAACAGUGGAAUUAUUGACCCAGGGUCAACUGUGACCGUCUCAGUAAUGCUUCAACCUUUUGACUAUGAUCCCAAUGAAAAGAGUAAACACAAGUUUAUGGUACAGACAAUUUUUGCUCCACCAAACAUUACAGAUAUGGAAGCUGUGUGGAAAGAGGCAAAACCUGAUGAAUUAAUGGAUUCUAAAUUGAGAUGUGUUUUUGAACUGCCCAGUGAAAACGAUAAAUUGAAUGAUAUGGAGCCUAGCAAAGCUGUUCCACUGAAUGCAUCUAAGCAGGAUGGACCCAUGCCAAAACCGCAUAGUGUUUCACUCAACGAUACUGAAACAAGGAAACUCAUGGAAGAGUGUAAAAGACUUCAGGGAGAAAUGAUGAAGCUAUCAGAAGAAAAUCGACAUCUGAGAGAUGAAGGCUUACGGCUCAGAAAGGUAGCGCAUUCGGAUAAACCUGGAUCAACCUCAGCUGCGUCCUUCAGAGAUAAUGUCAGCAGUCCUCUUCCUUCCCUCCUUGUUGUGAUUGCAGCCAUUUUCAUUGGAUUCUUUCUAGGGAAAUUCAUCUUGUAGAGUGAAGCAUGCUGAGUGCUAUUUCUUUCUUUUUUUCCCUCUUGACCAGAAAAGAUUUGUUUACCUACCAUUUCAUUGGUAGUAUGGCCCACCGUGACCAUUUUUUUUUUGUGUGUGUGUACAGCGUCAUAUAGGCUUUGCCUUUAAUGAUCUCUUACGGUUAGACAAAACAAUAAAAACAAACUGUUCGGCUACUGGACAAAAAUUGUAUAUUAUCACAUCAUCACUAGCAGAUGUCAGUUGCACAUUCAGUCCUUUAUGAAAUUCAUAAAUAAAGAAUUGUUCUUUGUGGUUUUAAUAAGAGUUCAAGAAUUGUUCAGAGUCUUGUAAAUGUUAUUUUAAUAAUCCCUUUAAAUUUUAUCUGUUGCUGUUACCUCUUGAUAUAUGAUUUAUUUAGAUUGCUAAUCCCACUCAUUCAGGAAAUGCCAAGAGGUAGUCUGUGGGGGAAAUGGUGCCUCUUACAAGUGUAAAUUUUCUCCUUUACCUUUGCUAAUAUCAUGGCAGAAUUUUUCUUACCCCUUGUGAGGCAGUUGUCGACUGAGUUUUUCAUCCUUACAAUCCUGUCCCAUGGUAUUUAACAUGAAAGAAAAUAAAACUGUUAACAGAUUCUCGCUCAA